AUGACGGAAACUCUUUCUUGGCUUGGCAGUCUGAGGCACAAGUGGCUUUUGCUUGUAGACAGUAUGGAUCAAAAGAAACUUAGCUCCUACACACGAAAAAUGUUUUUGGGUCAGUGGAAAAACAAAACUUUAGGGGACAUUCUUGUCACUUCUCGUAGAAGUCCUCAAGCGGUGUGUGAGGACCUAGAUCUUCGUCCUGAAAACUGUCUUGAGCUGGAUGCUUUUUCUGUCGACCAAUCUAUUGAAUUCCUAAAGAAACGCACCAGAUUAGCAUCCGCUUUUGAAAAUCAAGAGGAAGGAGUGAAAGAACUUGCUCAGGAGCUCGAUGGAUUACCGUUGGCCUUAGGUUUAGCUGCUGCUUACGUCAGUGUGUUAAAGUGCUCGGCUCAGUCGUACCUUGAGCAGUAUCGUAAACAAAAGUCGAUUCUUUUGAAUAGGAAAAGCGCCAAACCAUGCUCAGAGGUCUACAGUGAGGCACGCCUGGCAGUACAAACAACAUGGUGUAUGAAUUUCAGUUAUAUAGAAAAUGACGAAACGGAUGAAAGGAUUGGAAAGGCGGCGGCUUUCUUCAUGAAAAUUGCCACAUAUCUGUCCCCAGAUGAGAUACCCAUUGAGGUUUUAAAUGUGGGCGCCCCAGAGAUUGAACAUAAAUACCUGAAGGACCGCUUGAAACUGCCAAUCGGUGCAGAACAAAUUGUUGAUUUGUUGCUUAGGUUUUCACUUUUCAAACGCAAGUCAGAUGAUAGCUUGAGUAUCCAUCGACUUGUUCAAGAGACUUUGAAAGAGCGUUAUAGUAAUAAAGGCGAAACUGAAAAGGCUUUUUCCUCUGCCGUACGAAUGUUGCACCAUGCAUUUCUCGACUGUAUUGGGGGCACAGAAUUCCUUGUCGAUGUGGAUGCGACAGUGAAGUCUCUGAAAGAUAAGACAGGGUGGAGUGGCAAGUAUCUUGUCCAGCAGUGUAGCGCAAAUAUUAUCGAGGCCAAUUUGGAGGUUCGACGAUGGAAAACGCUCUCCGCGAACGCUCUUCACCUUAUUCUUCAUCUCUUGGCAAAUUCAUGCUUGAAGCAUGAUUACCUACUCCAUGAGGAAACUGCCAGGAUAUUUUGCGAAGCAGCCUUCUAUUGCUAUUUUUUGGGCAUGAACAGUGAAGGAUACCGCUUACAACAACAAGUGUUCGACAUUUUGUGCGCAGUGAAAAAGUCCAUUUGUUUUUACAAAGGGGAUGAACUAAUGAACGUAGCGAGAGUCCUAAGGCCCCGUUAUGACCCUAGUCUUCUUGCAUUAAAGUUAACAUCUCCGUCAGAAGAAACGACUGAAAAUGUCAUCGGCAGAACGGGUGUCAACAUAGGCACCACUCAAAACAGCGAAUUGUUACAAGGGAUUGAAAUGAUAGAACCAAAGGCGAGAGAAGCUUUCUCCAGGGGCGAUUAUCAAGCCUCGUCUGAUUUGUACACUGAGAUUGUUAACCUACCAGUUGCGGUAAAUCAACCUUGCGUUCGUCCUCUUGGAACAAUUUUUUGUAACCGUGGUAUUGCGAAUAUGCAAUUGAAAAACGUUGAGACAGCUUUGGAAGACUUCAAUGCUUCUAUUUACGCAGACACUGAGCUAUAUCGUGGUUACUACUGGAAGACAUACGCACUUUGCAAACUCGUUGAAAGUGGUAGAACUGAGUUCACCAGCAGAGCCCAAGCGGCAGCAGCAGUACUUCAUUACAAAUUUGCAAAUUCCAAAGCAGGUGAUAUUCGAAAACUGCAACAUAAAUUUCAGAAAGUUUCAGGAUUACUUGAUAGAAUCAACAACAAGUUUGUUACCAAUGUUAACCAGCUCAAGGAACUAGAGAGUCAGCUCUCUGAAGAACGAAAUUCAGAUGAUUCAUUUACAGUCAUUCUAGCAGAAAGGAAAUUUGAUUUGAAUAAGAUUGUUUUAUCGGACCGAUGUUAUUAUUUUGUCUGUCUUCCUGGAGGUUCCGCUGUGCUUAGUUUCAGGGAAGGUUUGUUUUUGUCAGAUGUGUCUUUUCUAUUUGAAAAUGUUCAUUUUGAGAAUUCUGUGCCCUCAGCAAACCGUGAUCAACCGUUGUCGUCUGAAGCGGCCGGUAGUACUGCAGAGAGAGAAAAGCUACUUUCAAUAACGUUAGGAAAAUCAUACCUUAUUAAGAAGCAAGUGACGGCCGGCAGUGAAGGCGAACUUAACGCUCUGAUAGAGGCUUAUGACGUUGAAUCAUUGGUCAUGGAUCACUGUUCUCGCGAUUUUUCAAAUGGUGUAGGGUUAUUGGUGGAGGGACAUCACCGUCAGCAAGUAAUUGUUUCAGUGAGGUCUACUGUAAUUCAAAUGAGUAGUGGGCCUGGGAUCUUUAUUCGAGGAGGAACAGCUGAUUCCCACAUAAGUAUUUGUGACAGUAAACUACGCAGCAAUACGUGUGGUAUUUUAAUGUUUACCCCAGCACUUUCUUAG